AUGAGUUACAGCUACCUCUUUAAGAUCGUGGUCGUGGGGGAUCAUAACUGCGGCAAGUCUUGUAUUCUGUUGCGGUUCGCCGAAAACACAUUUCGUCAAGAUCAUAUCAGCACGCUCGGAGUCGAUUUCAAGCUACAGACUAUCAAGUUGGGCAGAGACAAGGUCAGGUUAGAGCUAUGGGACACGGCAGGCAUGGAACGUUACAGGUAAUGAGUCCAACCACUUAUCAGUAUUCUGUUUUUAGGACCAUUUACAACUCGUACUACCACUCGGCUCAUGGGAUCAUGUGCGUGUAUGAUUUGACAAAUGAAAAAUCAUUCGAGAAUCUUGAGACGUACUGGCUCCGAGAGAUCCGCAAGUACGCUCCUCAGAAUGCUGUACUCUUACUUGUGGGUAACAAAGCAGAUAUGGAGAGCGAGCGGAAGGUCGACUUCGACCGAGCUGAAAGGUAAUUACUUAAAGUUUGUUUUCGCAAACAAGAUUAUAAUUAACUAAAAGCUCUGAUUCAUAGUAACAAGCACAAGAGUCUUGACAUUCACACUUCAUGGUGACAUACAAACAAAAAAUAAUCUUAUUUGGACGCGCAUUUUAGACUAGCUAAACAGAUUGGAGUCUCGUUGUACGAAGUGAGUGCCAAAACUGGCAUCAACAUCGACGAAGCCUUCCACGAUCUGGCUAGUACCAUGCGAGAACGUCUGCUGGCACAGAGUAUGAAUGGUACUGACUCAGACGACUCUGACCAAUUAUCUUCUGCCUUUCACGUUAAUGGUGUCAUUACAGCAGACGAGAAGCUGCUCAACGGUACUUUGCCGUCUAUCCGAUGUUGUGGGUCCAAUCCGUCCCCAACUUUUGUCUAA